AACAAACAAGCCCUUCUCUCUCUAUCUCUCUGUCUCUCUCUCUCUCCGCCAAAUCACCGGAAAAUCCGAUCUCAUACUUUUAUCGCCGACCACCCACCUUUGAAGUUGAACAGCCCUGUUCUUAUCUUCAUUUUUACUUCCAAUUUGAUUCAUCAAGUUCAUAUCUUCUCUCUUUAAUCUUCCUUCGCCGGCGCCGCCGGAAUCUGAGUCGAUAUUGUGUAUGGGCCAGUCCUCGUCGGCCCGUCACCGCAGGAACCUUACUCGUCCGUCUCAGAUUUCAUCAUCGAUGAUGGAUGGUUCGAGUAAAGGAACUGAUCUAGUUCAAGAAGACGGAGUAAUCGAGGGUCAUGACUAUAUCUCAUCCAUUCCAGACGAUGUUCUCUCAUCCAUUUUCAAUAAUUUAAGCACCAGUGACCGGAAAAUCAGCGCCGUCGUCUGCAAACGGUGGUUGAUUGUAGAGGGUCAAGGCCGGAAUCGUCUCGUUCUCAACGCUCGUCAAGAACUGUUGCCUAUCAUUCCAACCAUAUUCACCCGAUUCGAUUCCGUCACAAAGCUAGUCCUCCGUUGCGACCGCCGAUCUGUAAGUAUAGAUGAUGAAUCACUAAUCCAGAUCUCACUUCGCUGCCAAAACCUAUCCCGUUUGAAGCUCCGUGGCUGUCGUGAACUAACCGAUGUCGGCCUAGCUGCGUUCUCGAAGAACACCAAGUAUUUGAAGAAAUUCUCAACUGGGUCCUGCUUAUUUGGUGUCAAAGGCAUGAACGCCGUCCUAGAAAACUGCAAAUAUCUUGAAGAACUAUCAAUCAAGCGUCACCAUGGUGUUCUCGAACCAGUAAGUCCUGAUUUCAUUGCAUCUGAUUCACUGAAAACUAUCUGUUUUAGGGAGAUCUACAAUGGGCAUUGCUUCGGCCCACUUAUAAUCGGAGCUAAGAAUCUAAAAAGGUUGAAAAUUCUCAGAUGUAUGGGAGAUUGGGAUAGAAUUUUCCAAACAAUGUCAACUAGAAAGGAUAACCCUAUAAUGGAGAUUGUUCUUGAGAGGAUUCAGUUAACUGAUGCAGGUUUGGAAUCAAUUUCACGUUAUACCAAUCUAGAGACAUUACACUUGGUGAAAACACCAGAGUGUACAGAUAUGGGAUUAAUUUCUGUUGCUGAAAACUGUAAGAAAUUGAGAAAGCUUCAUAUAGAUGGAUGGAGAAUGAAUCGAAUAGGAAACCAUGAUGGUCUUGUUAACAUUGCAAAUCAUUGUAGUAAUCUUCAAGAACUUGUUCUGAUUAGUGUGAAUCCAAGUUCAGAAAGCUUGGAGGAAUUAGCCACAAAGUGUAAGACAUUAGAAAGAUUGGCUCUUUGUGGGAUAGAAACAAUGGGUGAUAUAGAGAUUUCCUGCAUUGCUGAAAAAUGUGUUGAAUUGAAGAAGAUUUGUAUAAAGGGUUGCCCAAUUACAGACAAAGGAGUGGAGGCUUUUGCUUGGGGUUGUCCUAAUUUAGUGAAGAUUAAGGUGAAGAAAUGUAGAGAUGUGUCUGGUAAAGUUAUUGAUAAGUUGAAGGCUAGAAGAAUGAAUUUGGUUGUGAGUAUGGAUUCAAUUCAGAUUGAACCAGAGAGUGUUGUUGAUGAUGGCGGCGAUGGUGGCGAUGGUGGCGAGUCUGAGCCGACAGCUUCAUCGAGUAGUAGUAAUGGCGGAUCGGGGUCGGGGUCGGUCUUCAAUACCAGGUUUGGUCUUUUGGCUUUCACUUUUAGAAGGUGGUCCAUUGGUGGUGGUGGCAGGUCGGUUUAGUCAUCAUCAUAAAUGUUUGUUUCUUGUUAUAUUUUGCUUAAUUCAAUUCCAAAAAGUUAUUUUAAUGACAUUUUUUAAUGACAUGUUUCUUGCUUGAAAGUUGAAAUAUUAAUUAAAGUUUAUGAUGUAAUCUUUGGGAUGUUUCAUGUUUGAGUUUUAUUUAUUUAUUAAUGUUGUUGUCAUUAUUGAAAGCUAUUAAA